AUGUCCCCCCACCCCCUGCGAGCUCAGCCGCGGGGACCCACCGUUCCUCCUUCCCUCCCCAGAGACUUCAUCGAGCAGCACUACGUGACCCUGAAGAAGGCAAAUCCCGACUUCCCCAUCCUGAUCCGCGAGUGCUCCGGCGUGCAGCCCAAGCUCUGGGCUCGGUACGAGUUUGGCAAGGAGAAAAGCGUGCCGCUGAACAACCUUACUGUGGAUGAAGUGGCCAAGGCCUUGGAGAACAUUGUGAAAAGCAAGGCUUGA